AUGUGUGUCGACUAUAGAGACCUUAAUCGCGCAAGCCCGAAGGAUAACUUCCCUCUUCCUCACAUUGAUGUUUUAGUGGAUAAUACAGCCAGACAUUCUACCUUCUCUUUCAUGGAUGGAUUUUCGGGUUACAAUCAGAUCAAGAUGGCACCAGAAGAUCGCGAGAAAACAACUUUUAUUACUCUAUGGGGAACUUUCUGUUAUAAAGUCAUGCCUUUUGGUUUGAAGAAUGCCGGUGCCACUUAUCAAAGGGCCAUGGUCACUUUGUUUCAUGAUAUGAUGCAUAGAGAAGUUGAAGUAUAUGUCGAUGAUAUGAUAGCAAAAUCCAAAGAAGGUGAAGAUCAUAUUGUGAAUCUCCAGAAGUUGUUUGAUCGAUUAAGGAAGCAUCAAUUGAAGUUGAAUCCAGCUAAGUGCACAUUUGGGGCAACCUCGGGGAAGUUGUUAGGUUUCAUUGUAAGCAGGAAAGGAAUCGAAGUAGAUCCUGAUAAAGUGAAGGCGAUCUUGGAGAUGUCACCCCCUCGGACAGAAAAGGAGGUUAGGGGUUUCUUGGGAAGAUUGAAUUACAUUGCCAGAUUCAUUUCACAGUUGACGGCUACUUGUGAACCUAUCUUUAAAUUGUUGCGUAAAAGUAACUCUACUGAGUGGAAUGAAGAUUGUCAGGUAGCCUUCGAAAAGAUCAAGCAAUACUUGAAAAGUCCUCCAGUGUUGAUGCCUCCUGUGGCUGGCAGGCCGCUUAUUCUCUAUUUGACUGUCUCAGAUAGUUCGAUGGGAUGUGUGCUCGGACAACAUGACUCAUCAGGAAGGAUAGAGCAUGCCAUUUAUUACUUAAGCAAGAAGUUUACCAGUUGUGAAGCAAAUUAUUCGAUGUUAGAGAAGACUUGUUGCUCGUUGGUUUGGACUGCGCAUCGACUUAGACAAUACAUGCUUUAUCACACUACAUGGUUGAUUUCCAGGAUGGAUCCUAUCAAGUACAUUUUUGAGAAACCUUCUCUUUCAGGGAGGAUAGCUAAAUGGCAAAUGUUAUUAUCAGAAUAUGAUAUUUUAUAUGUCACACAGAAGGCAACCAAGGGGAGUGCAAUAGCAGAUUAUUUGGCAGAGGGAGCGAUUGAUGAUACUCAAACUAUGGAUUUGAAAUUUCCAGAUAUUGAUGUCAUGACUGUGUCGAUAGAAGAAGAGAAUCAAAAGAAUUUGGCAAAAUGGACUAUGUUGUUUGAUGGCGCUUCUAAUAUUAUAGGAUGCGGAAUUGGUGCAGUGUUAAUAUCACCUGAAGAGAAGGUUAUACCGUUUACAGCUAAGUUGUAUUUCGAAUGUACCAACAAUGUGGCUGAGUAUGAAGCAUGUACGAUGGGAAUUCAAGCUGCCAUUGAUAUGGGGAUUAGGAGGCUACAGGUUUAUGGUGAUUCACAGUUGGUGAUUAGGCAAUUGAAUGACGAAUGGGAAACCAAAGAUGACAAGCUUAUUCCAUACUACCAGCAUAUCAAAAAAUUAAUCAAGUUUUUUGAUUGGGUGGAGCUGGAUUAUAUCCCAAGGGGAGAAAAUCAAAUAGCAGAUGCUCUGGCAACUCUGGCAGCAAUGUUUGAUGUAGACCCAAAAGGGGAAGUGCAGGUGAUUAAAAUCGAGAAACGAGAAGUUCGAGGUUACUGUUUAAAUUUGGAGGGAGAGCCUGAUGGUAAACCGUGGUAUCAUGAUAUUCAACAGUACAUUGAGAAGAAGGAAUAUCCAUCAGGAGCAUCAGAAAAUGAUAAGCGUACCAUCAGGAGAUUGGCGGGAUCUUUCUUCUUGAGUGGAAAUGUUCUUUAUAAAAGGAAUGAUGGGAUAGUUUUCUUACGAUGUGUUGAUAUUGCUGAGGCUAAGCAAAUCAUGGAGGAAAUUCAUGAAGGGAUAUGUGGGACUCAUUCUAGUGGAUAUGCAAUGGCAAGGAAGAUUAUACGUGCAGGGUAUUAUUGGUUAACCAUGGAGAGGGAUUGUAUAAGUUAUGCAAAUAGAUGCCACAAGUGUCAGAUUAAUGCAGACAGGACACAUGUUCCCGUUAAUCCAUUACAUGUGUUGACGUCACCAUGGCCUUUCUCUAUGUGGGGAUUAGAUGUCAUCGGUUCAAUUGAGCCAAAGGCUUCUAAUGGGCAUCGUUUCAUUUUGGUUGCCAUUGAUUAUUUUACCAAAUGGGUGGAGGCUGCUUCAUAUUCUAAUGUGACGAGUAGCGUGGUUGUUCGGUUUUUGAGGAAAGAGAUUGUUUGUCGAUAUGGAGUCCCGGAAAGAAUUAUUACUGAUAAUGGCACGAAUUUCAAUAGCAAAAUGGUGAAAGGUUUUUGUGACCAGUUCAAAAUUCGUCAUCAUAAUUCAACGCCAUACCGACCAAAGAUGAAUGGGGCUGUUGAGGCGGCGAAUAAGAAUAUCAAGAAGAUCAUCAGGAAGAUGACAGAGAAUUACAAAGAUUGGCAUGAGAAGCUCCCUUUUGCUCUAUAUGGUUAUCGGACAUCAAUACGCACAUCUACCGGGGAGACUCCUUUCUCUUUGGUGUAUGGUAUGGAAGCAGUUUUGCCUAUCGAAGUGGAGAUUCCAUCCCUUCGAGUAGUUCUGGAGGCAGGUUUGGAAGAAUCAGAAUGGACUCGAACGAGAUAUGAGCAGUUGAAUUUGAUAGAAGAACGAAGAUUAAGAGCAAUUUGCAAAGGGCAAUUGUAUCAAAGAAGAUUGAUGAAAGCACAUAAUAAGAAAGUUCGGCCUCGCAGCUUCAGGGGGGGAGAGUUAGUGUUGAAGAUGAUUUUGCCACCUCAAAAGGAUCACCGAGGGAAGUGGACACCGAAUUAUGAGGGACCAUAUGUGGUGAAAAAAGCUUUUGAAGGAGGAGCAUUAAUAUUGACAAGAAUGGAUGGAGAAGAAUUGCCUAAUCCGGUGAAUGCAGACGCCAUCGAAAAG